AUGAUGACAGUGAAGAAGGGUAUUGGAACGUUGUACAAGGCCUUUGCGCUGCUGAGGACCCUUGUGCUGCUGAGGACGGUUGCACUGCUGAGGAUCUGUACACUGCUGCGAUCUAUUGAGAAGGUUACGCGGAUACUUCAGAUGGGGAAAGUGAAGAGGAUUGCGAGUUUACAGAAGGGGAAGAGGAAGGAGAUUUUGAUGAGGAUGCGUUAA